AUGUCCUUCUCCAGGAUUGGAAUUCCUCGAACGCUGGGGAGGCUAUCCUCCCCAGCCUUUGUGUGCCGUCAAUGCCUCCACACGCAACCGCUAAAGGCAACGGCUUCUUCGCAAGUCGCUCGGCAGGUCGUACGAUCCCAUGCACUCUCGCGCAACCUAAUCUCGACAUCGACAUCGACAAAUACGGCAACGCACGCGAGGACACGAUGGCUGGUCGGAGGAAGCAGGACCUUCUUCAGGUCAGCGACCAAGUCAUCGUCCGGGUCUACGGUCACCGCCGAGGCUGCUACGGCUGAAGCCUCUUCGGGAGCGAGAGCAGGGACACGGUCCAGCUCAUUCCCCGAGACCAACUCAAAGGCUGUAGGGUACUGGCUCAUAGGCAGUGCUGUCAGCGUCUUUGGCAUUGUCAUCUUUGGUGGCAUGACGCGCCUGACAGAGUCUGGACUGAGCAUAACCGAAUGGCGGCCCGUCACUGGGUCCCUACCUCCUCGCAACGCCGAAGACUGGGAAUCAGAGUUCUCCAAGUACCGCGCCUCGCCCGAGUUCGCCUUGCUCAACCCGCACAUGACACUCGAUGAGUUCAAGAAGAUCUACUACAUGGAGUGGACGCACCGUCUCUGGGGCCGCUUCAUCGGUCUCACCUUUGUGCUGCCGACAGUAUACUUCAUCGCCCGGAAGCAGGUCACCCGCAAGAUGGCCUUUAAUCUGGUCGGCAUCAGCGCUCUGAUCGGUUUCCAGGGAUUCAUCGGUUGGUGGAUGGUCAAGUCGGGUCUGAAAGAUGACCUGUUUGCCCCUGGUUCCCACCCCCGCGUCUCACAGUACCGCUUGACUGCACACCUCGGGACCGCUUUCCUCUGCUACUCGGCUAUGCUGCUCUCAGGGCUCUCUGUCCUUCGCACGCGCCGCCUUGUUGCAGACCCGGCAUCGGCCACUAAGCUCUUUUCCCAACUACAGAACGCUGCUAUUACCCCCUUCCGCCGCUACGUCUUGGCGAUGACCGCGCUGGUCUUCACCACUGCAAUGUCGGGCGCUUUGGUUGCUGGGCUUGAUGCGGGUCUUAUUUAUAACGAGUUCCCCAAGAUGGGCGUCGGCCUAACCCCGCCGAUGGCUGAGUUGUUUGACAAGUUCUACUCGAGGAAGGAGGACGGAUCGGAUCUCUGGUGGCGCAACAUGCUUGAGAACCCGAGCUUGGUGCAGCUGGACCACCGCGCUCUCGCCAUGACCACAUUCUGCGCCGUCGUCGCCAUGUUUGUCUGGUCGCGCCGCCUCGGUGCCGUGCUGCCCAUUUCGGCCAGGAAGGGGAGCAUGGGAGUGCUGCAUCUGGCCCUCUUGCAGGUGGCCCUCGGCAUCAGCACGCUCAUCUACAUGGUCCCUACCCACCUUGCUGCCACCCACCAGGCCGGCGCGCUGGCCCUGCUUACAGGGUCGCUGGUGCUGGCGCACCGACUGCACGUGUCCAAGUCGACUGUCUCGCUCAUCCAGCGGCAGCUGCUCAAGUCAGCGGGCUCUGGUGGCGCGGCGCGACUGCCACCUAGGCGGAUCUAG